AUGUUGCUUCCGUUCAACAUGUACGACUUUCCGCCUCUCACGUACAAUGCUACUGAUUCCGGUAUUGGUGAUGAGCAGCCGAACUAUAGUCGUCUCAUGUGUCAGGACAUGUUCAAUGACCAAAACAUCUCAGUUACUGCUAUCGACGAUAUCGAUGGGACAGGAGGCACGUCGCAGACAGCCCAUCCGCCUUCACGCGAUGCAGCCGAACUGGGCCAGGGUGAUCGUUACGGACUUCAGGUGACUGGUAGCACUACGUAUGACCACGAUUCUAGCCUUGCUGGCCUAAUACACCCUGAGUCUACAGAGGUCAAUGCCUUUGCAGGGAUUGUUGAUGAGCUGCUUGACCUGCCAGACAAGGUCGAAAAUCUCUCAAAAUGGAUGAAUGACUUGGGAAACACCUUCCAGAGGGAGAAAGAGUGGAUGAAUAACUUAAUGUCAGGGAUAGAUGACGCCUGCAAGAGGUUUCGCUACCUAAUCUUCGGCUUAUCCCAGCCGCGCGGUCGAAACAGGCUUGGGAAUGGGCAUGACAAGGAGCAGGAAAAUGAAGGGUGA